AUGGGAACACCAAGCAAACAGUGGAUAAAGAUUAAUUUCGAUGGUGCAUCAAAAGGAAAUCUGGGAACCUCAGGUGCUGGGGUGGUGGCAAGGGAUGAUAGUAGAUUUAUCAUUUUCAAAGGAGCUCAGCGAUUGCCGAAUGGCACUAAUAAUGAAGUAGAGGUCCAAGUGGCCUUUCUAGAAACAGAACUAGCCUUAAAUAUGAAAGUCCAAUGGUUGCACCUAGAAGGGGACUCUCAGAUAGUUAUUAAUGCAAUAGCUAAAGGCAACACGCCAUGUUGGAAGAUAAACCAUUGGGUGGCUAUGAUCCGAGAGAAGCUCAACACAUUUGUGGAGUUUUGUGUCUCGCACAUUAAGAGGGGAGAAAAUACAGUGGCAGACUUGCUAUCUAACAUUGGAAGCGAACUGGAUAGUUGUGCGGCCAAAUAG